AUGGCUCUGGGAGUGAGCAGGGGGCCAGAACCAGCAUCGUCCAUCACCAAGACCCCCUCCUCUUCCUCCUCAUCCGUGUCAGCCGCAGUCCAGUACAUCCUCAAUAAUCCACCAGGCCCCCUCCCCAUCAAGGCUGCUAACCCCAAACCUUCAGGGGAGCAGAAAGGAGACCUGGGAGGAGGCGAGGGGUCUGGAGACCUGGGAGGAGGCGAGGGGUCAGGAGACCUGGGAGGAGGCGAGGGGUCAGGAGACCUGGGAGGAGGCGAGGGGUCUGGAGACCUGGGAGGAGGCGAGGGGUCAGGAGACCUGGGAGGAGGCGAGGGGUCUGGAGACCUGGGAGGAGGCGAGGGGUCAGGAGACCUGGGAGGAGGCGAGGGGUCUGGAGACCUGGGAGGAGGCGAGGGGUCAGGAGACCUGGGAGGAGGCGAGGGGUCAGGAGACCUGGGAGGAGGCGAGGGGUCUGGAGACCUGGGAGGAGGCGAGGGGUCAGGAGACCUGGGAGGAGGCGAGGGGUCUGGAGACCUGGGAGGAGGCGAGGGGUCAGGAGACCUGGGAGGAGGCGAGGGGUCAGGAGACCUGGGAGGAGGCGAGGGGUCUGGAGACCUGGGAGGAGGCGAGGGGUCUGGAGACCUGGGAGGAGGCGAGAGGUCAGGAGACCUGGAAGUUGCUUUUGCAGAAAUGCGGGAGGUCCAGGACCUUGUGGUCUUCUGA